AUGGACGAUUAAAAAACAAUUAGAAAAUCUCUGAAAGAGCCACUAUUGGGAGAAAACAAUGAUUAGGAGAGAAACUAACAAACAUCGAUUAAUCCAGAUACCAAAGCAACUGCUUAAACUCAAAAGUUGGAUUAGGAUUUAACAAUGACAAGUGCAAUGAAGAAAAUAUUUAGUUUAGCCAUUUAUCCAAUCAUAGGUAUGGUCUUCCAUCCUGCCUAUCACAUUUGCAAUUCAAUUAUCCUUGGGCAUGAUGAGGAUCCUAGACUACUUGCUUCGCUCGGACUAGGUGGUCUCACUAUUAGCAUCUUCCUGCUAUCAGUUGGCAUAUCUUUCUGUGGAUCUCUAGAUACAUUAAUAUCUCAGGCCUUUGGCUAAAAGGACUUUAGAUUAUGUGGAAUCUAUUUGAACAGAUAGCUUUACUUAACAACGCUAGUUUAUAUUCCCUUGGCAAUUCCACUAUGGUUCUGUGAAUAUGGAUUCCUUUACUUUGGUCAAGAUCCAUUCAUUUCAUCAUAGGCUGCUAUUUAUGUGAGAGUAUGUAUACCUGGAAUAUUAUUUUUCACAUAUGGAAGUUGUCUUGGUAGAUUCUGCUCUGGACACAGAGAGACUAGAUUUGGAAUGGUCUCAAAUAUCUUUUCAUCAAUCAUUCAUUUCUUCUUAGCUUACCUGCUAGCAAUAACCCUCGAUCUUGGCAUGUUUGGCAUUGCUAUUGCUAGUUGCAUUCAUUUCUUCUUAAGAUUCUUAGUUUAUGUAGUACUUAUUGCUAAAAGUGAAAGAUUAAGAGCAAGUUUAGUUUCAAUUUGGGAUCCCAAUUGCAAAAACGAUCUUUGGCCUUAAUUUGUAUUGAGUUUACAAUGUGCCUCUCUGGGAAUAUGGUCUUGGUGGGCCUUCGAUAUUUUCACUUUGAUUGCGAGUUAUAUGUCAGUAGAUGAUCUAGCUGCUUAAACUGUGCUAAGAAAUAUCGGGCUACUUACUUAUAUGAUCCCAGUUGGACUAUCAAUCUCAUCAGUUAUAUUAGUUGGAAAUAUGAUUGGUGCUAAUAACCCUAAUGGAGCUAAAUUAUACGCAAAAAUGUGCACUCUGUCAGCUUUCAUUUGGGCAUUAGCAAGUGUUGCAUUUAUAAAUCUUCUCUAAGGCUAAGUUAUUGGUAUAUUCAGUAGUUCAGUAUCAGUUAAUGAGCUUAUUCUUAGAGCAUUUAAUAUCAUUUCUAUUUUUGUGUUCUUUGAUUGUGUUUAAGGAGUCGGUUAAGGUGUUAUUAGAGGACUUGGAAAAUAAGGAGAAGCAUCCUAUGUCACUAUUUUUGGGUAUUGGGUACUUGGUAUCCCCAUAUCCAUUGAUGCUGUGUUCUAUCACUCUGGUGGUAUUGUUGGACUUUGGAUAGGUCCAUCAGUGGCUAUCAUAUUCAACUUCAUUUUCUACUAUGUCCUAAUUCUAAGAACUGAUUGGCAAAAAGUAUGUGAUGAGGUAUAGGAAAGAAGAGCCAGAGAUAACAAGAAGUUGUAAUGA